ACAAAAACUCCCAGUAAUUAGUUCAAAUAAAGAAGGAUAUAAAGAAAUUGAUGUCACAUCAGGUAGAUAUAUUGUUCUUCUCGCCAGAAGAACAAAAUCUGCGGAUGCAAUAACACCACACGCAGAUGAACAAUAUAAGUUUAGUUUAGCAUUGGAAUCCGGGCAGCCAAUACACACAAGUUCAAGGGGAAAAGUUGGUGUUGAUAUAAUUUUUGAAGAAGAAAAAAAGGCUAAAAAUUACAUCAUUGUGGCAGGAAAAGAUUUAAUUAAUUUUGUUGGCCUUUACGCAGAUGUUGUUGCUAGAAUUGCUAUGAA